AUGAACUGGCGCAAGAUCAGCUUCAGUAAGCUCUUGUGGCGGCUCUAUUUCUCCUUCAUCUUCGUUUCGGAGAUUUUCCUCGUCUUCCUUGAUUUCACUUACGAACGAUUCAACUCCAUUAUUGCUCAACACUCCAGAAAUCCCGUAACCGGCGCAGAAGGAAUCGUCUCUGCUUCGUACGUCGAAGAAAUUGCCGAAGAAAACUUCGACGAUGUUCCAGACAACGAUUCCUUCACUUCCAACUCGGUAACAUUCCGAUCACUGGACGAUGAUUUUUGUAACAAUAAUGGAAAAUGCUGUAUGGAUAACCUCUAUCAAGUCGAAAAGUGCGAAUGUAACAAUGGAAGAGAUUAUGAGCGGAAUAUUCUAACAAACAUUCAGGAUCAUCUCAAUCAAACUGCAGCUAUUCAAAAGGCAACUGAAACGAUUCCCGGUAAAGCAUCAGGCUUCAAAGACAUCCAAAGUCUGAGCGAGCGUGAGAAGCUCAGAAGCCAGCUUACCGAUGAGAUUUUGGAAAUCAAGCAGGACAAUGAGCGCCUCUACGAUGAGAUCAAAUGCGCAGUUGAAGCAAAGGCUACCAAAAAAACAAGAAUCGGAAUUGUCAGCUGCAUUCUCAAGGAAUCCGAGAUGAAGAACUACAAAGAAACGAAACAUUCGUUUGGGAUGUUGCCUGCAAGCGCGCUGCAAGACUUCAUCGACAAGGGACGCCAUUUAAGAGAGUUUGUUCUCGAGUCCAACAGCGACAACGAGUCUAUGCUCAAGAAAAUAAAUCCAAUAAAAGAAUUCAACCAAGACCACACUAUCAGCGACAUCAAAAAGUUCUGCGACCCUCACACCGGCGGACGCUCUUACGAGCUGCGCUCUGGCUUCCCGCCGAAGCCCCUCGAUCUCAAUUCCACUUCUUCACUCGUCGAGGCGAAACUGCUCAAUGAAACCCUUUUUCAAAGACUGCUCUAA